ACUGUGAAGAUCCAGCAUUCUCCAACCGAAACGUCACCUAUUCCUUCUCUCCAGAGAUGCUGCCUGUCCCACUGAGUUACUCCAGCACUUUGUGUCUAUCUUCAGUUUAAACCAGCAUCUGCAGUUCCUUCCUGCAACGGUUGCAGGAUUAUAUGUACUAGUUGUUACUUCAGCUAAACCCUCAUAACAGCGUGGGAGAGGUCAGUAGCGUAGCUCGAUGCUCAUUUUUCUGAGCUGCUUUCUUGACGCGACCUGUGCUUGCUGAGAUGCACUGUUCCCUUAUUCACUUCCUGAUUGUGUAACCGUGAAUCGGAUCCCGCCCAUGCUGGUUAAACAGCAAACAAUAAGUCAUAGAGAGACAGCGGCAUCUGCACACACUCUCACUCAGCCAGGAGCAGCUGCAGCCUGGAAAAUCAGCGGUGGCCAAGACGAUGGUUUUGUUGCAUGGAGAUCAGCUUCUGCUGGGAUUGGCUUGAAGGUUGCUAAAGAAGUCCAGCGUUGGAUUGGAUCCACAAUCAUUUGGAAGUUUCUUCAAAACCAGAUGCGGUGACUUGAAGGAUUCUGGCAGAUAGACUUCAGGAGGACCAUCUGCCACGAUGGACAACGAGGCUCACUCUCUCUUUGAUAUGUUCCUGCAAGGAAGGACAUGUAGAGAGACUCUGAGCCGCUUCCAGGAUCUCUGCCGCCAUCUGUGCCUGGAUCCCACUGACUAUCGCAACUUCUACCACAAGCUCAAGGGCAGUCUCAACUACUGGAAGGCCAAAGCCUUGUGGGCUAAGUUGGAUAAACGAGCAGCACACGAGGAUUAUGAGCAAGGACAGGCCUGUCUUAACACAAAAUGUUUGGUUCUAGGGUGCGGCCCGUGUGGGCUCCGGACGGCCAUCGAGCUGGCGUUUCUCGGGGCCAAAGUCCAUGUGGUGGAGAAGAGGGAUGACUUCUCCCGGAACAACGUGCUCCACCUGUGGCCGUUCACCAUCCAGGACCUGCGAGCCCUCGGGGCCAAGAAAUUCUACGGCAAAUUCUGUUCUGGUCUACUCGACCACAUCAGCAUCCGACAACUGCAGCUGAUUCUGCUGAAAGUGGCCCUCAUCCUGGGAGUUGAGAUCCAUGUGAAUGUGGAGUAUAAAGGAUUAAUUGAACCUUCAAAGGACAAAAGGACAGGGUGGCGAGCUCACCUCCUCCCCGCUGGUCACCCGGUGUCUGACUACGAGUUUGACGUGUUUGUCUCCGCUGGUGGUGGCAAAUAUGUUCCUGAAGGGUUUAAGAAGAAAGAAAUGAGAGGGAAACUGGCAAUUGGCAUCACGGCCAACUUUGUCAACAAGAACAGCACGGCAGAAGUUAAAGUCCAAGAAAUUAAUGGAGUCGCCUACCUCUACAACCAGAAGUUUUUCCAGCAGCUUCAUAAGGAAACAGGCAUAGAUCUGGAGAACAUAGUGUAUUACAAGGACGAUACCCAUUACUUUGUGAUGACUGCGAAAAAAACGAGCCUUCUCAAGUACGGAGUCAUUCGUGAGGACAAGCAAGACGCGGACUCGCUGCUGUCUGCCCGCAAUGUUGACCUGGACUCUCUCCAGCUGUACGCCCGUGAAGCUGCCAACUUCUCAACAAAGCACCAGCUGCCAAACUUGGAGUUUGCCACCAAUCACCAGGCCAAGCCGGAUGUGGCCAUGUUCGAUUUCACCUGCAUGUACAGGUCGGAAAACUCUGCCCUGGUGAAGGAGAGGCACGGCCGGCGGCUACUGAUAGCCCUGGUGGGAGACUGCCUGGUGGAGCCGUUCUGGCCUCUGGGCACUGGAAUUGGCCGUGGAUUUCUGGCAGCUUUCGACGCUGCAUGGUCGGUGCGGAAGUGGGGCAAAGGCAUUGGCCCCUUGGAGCUCCUGGCUGAGAGGGAAAGUAUCUACCAACUUCUGUCUCAGACUACUCCUGCAAACACAAACAAGAAGAUUUGUCAAUACAGCAUUGAUCCACUCACUCGAUACAGCCAUCUUAACCUCAACUACCACAAGCCUAACCAGGUGCAACAUUUAUACGAUACAGGGCAAACCACAGAAGUGGUGAACAACAGCACUCAGACAAAGGGGAAGAUGCUUCGAAAUGAUUCCGUUACUGGAUACGAGGAACUCCUGAAUUGGCUGCAAAUCCACACAAAAGGGUACAAGAACGUAGACGUCAUUGACUUGACGACAUCCUGGAAGAGCGGCCUGGCUCUGUGUGCACUCAUUCAUCAUUUUCGCCCUGACCUUGUUGAGUUUGAGAGUUUGAAGGAAGAAUCUGUGGUGGAAAACAACCAGCUGGCCUUCAACACUGCUGAAAAUCAGUUUGGGAUCUCGCCGAUAAUGACUGGGAGAGAGAUGGCUUCACUCAGCAGUCCGGACAAGCUGGGCAUGGUCAUGUACCUGACCCAGUUCAACGAGUUCUUCAAGACCUUGUCCCCAGAACAAGGCGUUCAGAAAAAGAUGUUGACUCUGAUGUCUGCUAAAUCAGCCCUCGUGUUCCUCAGUACCCUGCGGAGAAACGUAGCCAACAAACGGAGCUCGCUGGAGAGAACAGAUGCUGACAAGGCUUCUGAGAAAAAGAGAUCAAAGGCAGAGGCAGGACCAGGGACGUCAAUGACGGAAGAUUCAAUGGAGUCAACAGUAGAGUCGCCGUGGAUUGAGAACUUCAAGGCACAAACUGAGGAGUCCAGUGAAAUUCAAAGACAGGCCUCCUUGAGGAAGGGUGACGAACCCAGUAGCAGCGAGGUUUGCUAUUUGUGUAAGCAGCGGGUCUACGUGGUCGAACGGUUCAGCGCCGACGGCCAAUUCUUCCACCGGGGCUGUUUCACGUGCCACCACUGCGGCACCACCCUGCGCCCUGGGAACUACGCCUUCAAUAGCAGAGAUGGCAAGUUUUAUUGCCUUGUUCACUACACUGACUCAUUGGGCCCCGGUGAGGAAAAAGAGGAAGAGUCUACUUCUGCAAAUAAGGAGGAUCUUGAUGGAGAAAUGGAAUUGGAGAAGAAUGCAUAUGGAGAAGAUGACAUAGAUGGUCUUCAAGGUGUUGGACAAAUUGGAAAGCAAGGGGAUGAAGAACGCAAUGUCACAGAAAAAGGUUAGUCCAACAAAUCUAAUAGAAGCAUCUUAUUCAUUUCACUCUACUGGGGUAUCUGGUGGAGUGCCAUCAGCAGCAAGUUCGGAGGUUUG